AUGAUUGAUGACCAAGACCUUGGCUUCUUCGCGAAUUUCCUUGGGAUCUUCAUUUUCGUUCUCGUUAUAGCCUAUCAUUAUGUGAUGGCUGACCCAAAAUUUGAAGGCAACUGAGGAUUUUGCACUUUUUGUUUGUGUCUGCAAUGGAUAUUUAGAUGAUAAUUUUGAUAGACUGAGUUGUUUCAGAAACGAAGACGAAACAAUGUUGUUAAAAACCUUCAACAAGUUAUUGAUAUAAAUGUCAUCUUAUUGCUAA